UUCCUUUUUUUUCUUUUUUUUUUUUUCCGUUCAUCUUCUCAACAAGGCAUUAUGGUAAGAGGAGCGGUCUUAGCCUUGUCGCCAGAAGAAAAACUGAUAACGGCUUCUAUAUUUUAGUUCUCUUUCGGUAGUUUCGUUCUGCCGUGCAAGUUUUGCAUUUGGAAAUCUAGAGUUUUCAACGCGGAUUGCCCAAACCCAUUCCUUCCUUUUACCCAACCAAACCCCCGAACUCACCAACUUCGCAGAAGUUGAGGUGGCGGGGGGAAGAGAGAGAUGGUGAAUUGGGAGCUCAAGCACUGCUGCGAUCACGAUCAGGUCGUCUUCAUCGUGACCAUCGGCGUCUUCACCGUCAUCAUCCUCGCCUUGUGGAGGACGGUAUUGCUGACCCCUUUCAAGCUCGUCACGGUGUUUCUCCACGAGACCAGCCAUGCUCUUGCGUGCAAACUAACAUGCGGGCAGGUGGAAGGCAUGGAGGUUCAUGCCAAUGAGGGUGGGGUCACGCGAACCCGUGGUGGCAUCUACUGGCUAAUUUUGCCUGCUGGGUAUCUAGGAUCAUCAUUUUGGGGAAUGGUUUUCGUACUUGCAUCUACGAACCUUCUCACUACAAGAAUUGUAGCUGGUUGCUUUAUAGUCGCAUUGCUUAUUGUCCUUUUUGUUGCUAAAAAUUGGACACUUCGAGGACUGUGCAUAGGCUUCAUCAUAUUCCUUGCGAUCAUUUGGCUUUUACAAGAAACUACGAAGGUCCGCGUUCUUCGCUAUAUCAUUUUGUUCAUAGGUGUAAUGAACAGCUUAUUUUCAGUUUAUGAUAUAUAUGAUGAUUUAAUAUCCCGAAGAGUCCACUCAAGUGAUGCUGAGAAAUUUGCUGAGAUUUUCCCUUGCCCUUGUAAUGGUGUAGCAUGGGGGGUUAUUUGGGGUCUGAUAUCAUUUGUGUUUCUUUGCGGAUCCAUUUACCUUGGUCUUGUUAUUUUGUCAUAAGCCCUGAUCAACACCCGGACUUGAUUCCUUAGCUGCCCUUAUUUAUGUAUUGGAGGUUUGAAGAGAUCAUGAGCAGGGCCACAGGUAUGAGGUUUGAUUAAGUUGUAGCAUGUCAGAUAUGUGCCAUUUGCCUCUCUCAAAAAUUAAGAAGGGUGUUGAACAGCUCGAUCAUGGUGGCUGAUAUAAUUGAGCUCUGUUUGCAUGCAUGUUGGCAUCGGAGAUGAAUGGAAGAGCAUAGUCCGCUCAGCCACACAUUCCCCUUUUAUGUAAAGAUCAUGAAUCAUUGCUUCCAUGCUGUAAAAAGAUGUUCAUGGUGGUCAAAGAAUUACUCUUGUAAGGCUUGUCUCAAAAGGCUGUCAUCUCUUUCCCCACCACAAUUGAUUGAUUUGGGGUGGGGACAGAGAAGGGGAUUUGGUAUGACGCACUAGCAGGCAGGUUUCAUCUGUAUAUAUGGUGGAUUACAUGCCCAUGCACCAUCUUGUAUAAUGUAGCAGUAUCUUUGACUAUCUCAGGAUUUAUCUAGUGGAUGAGAGGCUCCCACAAUUGCAGGAUCUAGGAAAGAUAAGAUGUACACAGUCUUAUCCCUGUAUAUAAAUAGUCCAUUUUCAUAUUUUGAAACUCAUUUGAUGCUCAGACCACUAUGGAGCACUCUUAUUG